AUGGGGUCGACGCAGUUUGGCAAGUUUCAAAAUUUCUGCCGGGACUCGACACUUCCAGUGUGCAAUCUCUUCAUCAGGGACAAUCAACCACCAAAUGAAAAGUAUGGCGGUUGUGCCUUGACGGGAAUCAACCUUAGCAAUGACCGAAACGUCGGAAACUUGGGGUCCGUAUUGCUUUGUUUUAUCGCCAUCUUCUCAGCACUGUUCUUAAUAUGGCGGUCGGAGAGGAAAAGGGCCGCUGUCGGUCGAAGGGAGAUCCAACUGUUCCUGGUCGGGUUCAUCAUGAUGUCUAUUUGCGAAAUCUUUUCAGUCGGCGCUUUCCCACUCAGCGACUCUGUUAGAAAGGGCUUUUCCGCGGCUCAUCUUGCUGCUAUUUGCGCCACUGCCUGGCUGCUCUUUCUCAAUGCCAUUGUCGGCUUCCAACUCAUUGAUGAUGGUACCGCCGUGUCUCUUGGGCUGCUCGUCACCUCAGCUCUCAUCCUCUUCGUCGGUACGGGGUACAUUGGCCUCGACACCGCCUUCACAUGGACAGGCCGCUUCCUGUCCAGCCACCGCGCACCUUACCAGAACAUAGGACUGUACAUCCUGUACCUUCUGUUCCCACUAAUCUGCGUAGUCGGAUUCUUCCUCCUCGAGACCUUCCUCGUUAUCAAGGUGCUCAAGGAGAAGAGACCCAUGCUAUACCUCACUAUUGCUGGCCUGUUCUUUGCUCUGGGCCAGAUCUUCGAGUUUGUUAUCAGCAUACACAUCUGCAAUGCCACCGAUGGAAAGAUCAAUGGUGCUUUCUUCGAGACCCUCUUCAACCUUGCUGCUGUCAUCAUGGUAUGGGUCUUCUGGAGCAGCAUUACUGAAGACGACUGGCCAAUGAAUGUUGGCGGAGCAUACAGUUAA